AUGCCUAGAAAGAGGAACCAUAUCGACCCAGACACAGAUGAGGAGGGUGGUGGCAAGCCCAAACAUAUCGAAGUUCUUGAUUACGAUGAGACGGCAAAGUCUAAGCGUCGACAGACCGCCAACAACGGAGCUUCAGGUAACGAACGCUUCGACCUCGAGGAGGUAGACAAUAGUUUCGUCUGCCCUGAAAGAUCAUGUACGGAAUGGGUUGCAGAUUUUCGCUCCCUGGUCAAGCACCUUUCCACACGGUCAAUCACCGCCGGUCAUUGUGUGCUUUGCGAGGCUGAAAUCAAGAACUAUACCAAGCACGUUCUUGUACACCUCCCCCCACAAUUUGAGUGCCCCGAGAAGUGCGGAAUAAUGUUUCGGACACCGAGCUCACUGAAUUCACACAUAGCCGCGCACACACGCCAGAAGGCCGAAGUAUCGAAGUCAACUACCAAGGCCUGGCUCCGGUGGAAAUGUCAGGAUAUCAGCUGCGUCGGUGCUGAUGUCGCGUUUGCAACCAAGACCGAACUUGACGAGCAUAUCGAAGCGGAACACCAUGCAGUUGAUCAUACCUCCACCCGUUUCAGCUGCGACUGCGGCUCAGACUUUGCGAAUAAAUAUCUGCUGAAACGACACCAAGGAAAUUCGUGCAAGAAGUCCAGAACAGCCGCUGAUGUUCUUUUGAAAUACAAAUGUCCCUGGGAGUCUUGCGGACAGACAUUUGAUUCGCAUAUCAGUAUGAACUAUCAUUACAAAACCGCGCGUCGGCGGGAAGAAGAAGUACUUGGGGUGGCAAUCCGUGCCGGCAUGAUUACCGAGGAGAAUAGACCACGGCCUUCAUCUGCGACCAUUAUGACAGGAGGGUACAUCUCACAUCGCACUGAAGGGCCGCUGGGUAGUUUGUGA